ACCUCUUCAAACCAGCAAUUGCACACAGAGAUUUAAACACUCGGAACAUAUUGGUGAACCCUGACCUCACCUGCCUGAUAGCUGAUCUUGGAUUCUCUGUUGGGAUGAUUGGCUCCAAGAUAAUCAAGAACGGAGUAGCAGAAAACGCUGAACAGGCGACGUUAGCUGAUGUGGGUACGCUGCGUUACAUGGCACCUGAAGUGUUUGAUGGAGCAGUUAACCUGCGUGAUUGUGAAGCCUCACUCAAGCAGAUUGAUGUCUAUGCUCUGGGUCUCGUCAUUUGGGAAAUUGCUUCUCGAUGCAUAGAACUGUACCAAG